AUGAGGGAAUUACUUUACACAAUUUUAGAGUUAGAGAAAUGGAACAGAAUGGCUACCUGUGACCUUUGUUCCCAAUUUGAAAACCGAGAAAAUAAAGCGGUUUGUCAAAUAAGGAUGCGAAGUAAAGUAACUGGGGAAAUGGUUAGUAAUGUUUGUGUAUGUGCUAGAUGUAAAGAAAAAUUUGAAGAGGAUGAAUUACCUAAAUGCGAAAGGGAUAAUGAAGACUUAGAAGAAAAAGAACUCCCACUUUUACCUGAUGAAGAGAUAAGCCAAACUGCUUUCUAUGAACGCCAAAUAAAUGCCCUGCAAGAAAAAGAAAGUCAGUUAACCGAAGAAGUCGAUACCCACUUAGAAGCCUUAGAAAUUGCGGAAGACUGA